UGAGCAAUGAGCGAUUAUAAUCUAUUUUAUUUAUCCUGAAAAUAAGCUAAGUAAAAUUUAAAAUUUAGUUAUUCGAUAACUAAUGUGAUGUUUACUGCAUUGUGCCUAUUGGAUAAUAUUUAGGAACAUUAUUUUUAAUGAAGCGACCUGUCUUUGAAAAUAAAUAAAGGGCUAUGACUCUCCCUCUGCCGAUGCCGCCUUGCGCCAAAAGAGAUGGCCUGAGCGGGCUGAGCUGUGAACAAUUUGAGUACGCUAGCACAAUGGCUACAACAUUGCUGGCACCAGUGAAAACUGAGAGAGAGAUCCUGGAGCACUCGAUGUCGGAAGAUGACCCGAAUGCGAACACUCAGCUCUCCAGUGAAGUGGGCAAGCAGCCGCGCUGGGGCCCGCGGCACCGAGGGGCGCAGGAACUCGCUGAACUCUAUAGUCCAGGCAAGAGACUACAGGAAUGGGUGUGCGUGGUGGUUUGUUGCACAUUAUGCGUGUGUGCGGGCCUCCUGAUGGCUCGGCACAUUCGUGCCGAUGUCUCCUUAUUAUUGGCAGCAAUAGCUGGUGUUCUAACAGCUGACUUUGCUUCGGGUUUUGUGCACUGGGCUGCGGACACUUGGGGAGCAGUUGACCUACCUAUUAUUGGCAAAAAUUUCCUGAGACCGUUCCGCGAGCACCACAUUGAUCCCACUUCAAUAACGCGACACGACUUUGUGGAAACGAAUGGCGACAAUUUCGCUAUUACCAUACCCGUGCUGGGGCGGAUCGUGUGGCAGCUGUUGACGUUUGACAAUACGAGUAUCCAGAGAGAGUUCCAUUGGAUUGCGUACUGGUACUUCUGUUGUAUUUUCGUUGCAAUGACUAAUCAGAUCCACAAAUGGUCGCACACAUACUUCGGUCUGCCGCCGUGGGUGGUCGCGCUUCAGGAAUGGCACGUGGUGCUGCCGCGGCGCCACCACCGCAUCCACCACGUGGCGCCGCACGAGACUUACUUCUGCAUCACCACCGGCUGGCUCAACUGGCCGCUCGAGAAGUUACGCUUCUGGUCCACUCUAGAAAACGUCAUCGAAGCCUUGACGGGCUGCAAGCCGAGGGCAGAUGACCUGAAGUGGGCCCAAAAGCGUUCGUAAUGGUAAUUGGUUUUAUUACAUAUUGUUUAAUAUACGUCCACGGCAACUAAAUCAAUUAAUAACUUAUAUUGCGCUGAUAAUUGCAUAUUCAGCUCUGUAGGAUGUAAUAAGAAUAUGACUGCUCAGCUGUCCGUGC